AGCCGCGAGUUGGGACCGCGUUCCCUCGGACAUCGACCCAGGCCCGCACCGGCAAUGGCGGACUCCGAGCUGCAGCUGGUGGAGCGGGGGAUCCGCACCUUCCCGGACUUCCCCGUCCCGGGCGUGCUUUUCAGGGAUAUCUCGCCCCUCUUGAAGGACCCCGACUCCUUCCGCGCGUCCAUCACCCUCCUGGCCAGUCACCUGAAGAAGACUCAUGGCGGCAAGAUCGACUACAUCGCAGGCCUUGACUCUCGUGGCUUCCUGUUCGGCCCCUCCCUGGCCCAGGAACUUGGCCUGGGCUGUGUGCUCAUUCGGAAGCGUGGAAAGCUGCCAGGUCCCACUCUGUCUGCCUCAUAUGCGCUGGAGUAUGGGAAGGCUGAACUGGAGAUUCAGAGGGACGCCCUGGAGCCUGGCCAGAGGGUGGUCAUAGUGGACGAUCUGCUGGCCACGGGUGGAACCAUGCAGGCAGCCUGUGAGCUGCUGGGCCAGCUGCGGGCCGAGGUGCUGGAGUGCGUGAGCCUGGUGGAGCUGACCUCACUUAAGGGGCGGGAGAAGCUGGGCACCGUGCCUUUCUUCUCUCUCCUGCAGUAUGAGUGACCCGGAAGGGAAGCCCCAAUACCCAGCAUUUCCAACUCAGAACAGAAAGUGUGGCCUGGGCAGCUGCAGUGACUUUUUUUUAUCAUUUCAGUGGCCCAGUGACUCUCCCUGUGGGUGCAGGCCCUUCCUGUGGGUUCCAGCAGUGUUGAGGCCUGGAGCCCAUGCCCUGGUGGCAGAGCCCAGCCCAGGCCACAGCUGGUCCAUCUAUAUACACAGCAAAAUGAGAAUAAACAAUUUUGUUACAAAUACCAGCUGCUGUCAUCCUUACCCAGGACAGGAUCUAGAUUUGGGGAUGUGGAGAUGCACUCCCUAGAGCCUGAAAGCUCAGUACCAGGCUCCAGAUCCCACCGUGUCUCCUCACCCCUGCCUCAGUCACCCUCUUCUGUGACUCAGACCUCUGAGAGUGGCCAGCACUAGACUGCUCAGCACAAGUUCCCUGUUACUAAGGAUCCUGGCCCUCCCUUUCCAUGAGAGCCCAGCAGGAGGAGCUGCAGGGUCUGUUUUGUGGGUGCCAUUGAGGCUCCAGAUAAUGGGAGCUGUGUAAAGUCAGUCAGGAGAGAGUAAGUGCAGUGAGUCCCGUUGCUCCUCUUAAACUACCACAAACUUGGUGGUUUAAAUAACACAAAUUUAUCAUCUUCAGUUCUGGAGGUUAGAAGUCCUACCACCAAGGUGUUGGAGGCCCUAGGAGAGAAUGUUUCCUUGCCUUUUUCAGCUUCUAGAGGCCAGCCACCUGCAUUCCUGAGCCAGCCUCCUAUAUCUUCAGAGCCACAAGUAUAGCAUCUUCAAAUUCUCUCCCUCUCCUGCCUCCUUCUUCUAAGGCCCCCUGUGAUCGCAUUGAGCCCACCCAGAUAAUCCAGGGUCAUCUUCCAUCUACAAAGUCCCUGCUGCCACAUAAGAUCACACAUUCCCGGGUCCCAGGAUGAGAACAGGAGUGUGUCUGGGAUUUUGUUUGCCACACUCUCUGAACCUGUGCUGGCCACAGAGCUGCCCUUACCCCCCGUCCCACUGCCCACAACAACCACCAAUGAUGCCGGGACCCGCCCCAACAACAGCAGACACAGCCACCAAC